AUGGCCCUUUACACUCCUCCGUCCCUCCCUCAUUCUCCGUCCUCGUACUCCAUGAAUCCUACUCUGCCGCCGCUGCCCAUUGAGCUUCUCCACACAUGGUCUUCAUGGCGUCCGCCCAAGCCAGAAGUACCCCUCACUCCCCCGCUCUCCAGUGCGCCGCCAAGGCGCGUUCUGCAGUCUCAGCCACGGUACAAGACUGUCCUGCCUCCUAUCACGCACUUCGACCAUGCUAUGUCGCGCAAUUCGCCAGUCACGCCACCACAACACGAUGGCUCGUACCACUGGCAUAGUGCUGGGCCCGCCUCUCACAGAGUCCCUGCGCCACUUUCACCACCCGCGGAACCCCAUCCUCCAAUACAUUAUACCGCUCGCGAAGAGAAUGUAGCAGAUGACCCGCCAGAGGCAUCUCCUGAAUUGAAUCUUAACUGGUUCACUGACAUCGAGAGCCGCUCUUCUCAAUACAUCGCUGAGAAGACUUGCGAGAUGAUCUGCUACCUGUGGUUCUCGAGCCUUUCUCAGUCAUCUUCACCAUCCAAAAAGAACCGCAUGAUAUCACAAGACCAGAAAUCGUACAUUCCCCCUAGUAAUCCCUCUACUGCGUCGUUGCAAUUUUCCGUCGCGCCAGCCUUCGUACGCUUCAUGCAAAAAGUUCUCGAGACGACGCAAGUCAGUCAGUCCGUCAUCGUCUUGUCAUUACACUACAUAUACCGCAUGAAGGCGCGUAAUCGUUUCACUUCUGGCCAAGCGGGUAGCGAAUACCGAGUCGCAAUUGCGGCACUCAUGAUGGCGAACAAGUUCGUAGACGACAACACGUACACGAACAAGACGUGGUCAGAGGUGUCGGGAAUCAACCUUAUUGAGCUCAACAAGAUGGAGAAGGAGUUUCUGCUCGGAAUCGACUUUGGUUUGUAUGUGGACGAGUCCACGUACGAGUCAUGGUUGAAUCUACUACAAGGUCUUGUAAUGGCGAAGGAGCGAGAGUUGCAGAACUGGCGGCGAUCAUGGCGACCGACACGCUCGUUACAUCGAACGCCAUCGCAGCAAAUUUACUACGAAUCACCCCAGCAGCAGCAUGUCCAAUAUGCCAUCCCCUCACUGCAACCGGGCUCGAAGCGAACUGCAUCGGACGCAUUCUACCCAGACGCUGCUGCGUACGCGCGUGGACAGGCCCAGGUUCCGAGACGCUCUACUGGUCUUACCCUGCAAAUACCGGAGCUUGAGUACUCGAGCGGCCAGUCCAGUGAAAGCUCGGCCUCGCCAAUGGAGUCGCUGCAGUCGUUCUCGAAGCUGUCACUCGGCGCGUCACCCGUCGAUGCCGGCACUGGCGCGCCCUGGGUGGCGACAGUACCGGGUCAGCACGAAGUUCCGCAGACGCUGGCGUCCGCAUAUCAUGUGGACGACAGGCGGCAGUACGCGGUGCCCCAGCAUCUGUACUUCUACACUUUGACGUGCUCCCCAGCAGAUGCUGAUGGCAGCAAUGCGCGCAAAGGCCGGCUCCGGUACCACCAGCCGCACCCCACACAACUGCCCCCACUUCCAAUGCAGCCUGACGUCCCCAUGGUCGUGCAGUCCGCGUCUGCAAGCCCGUACGAUAUGUCCGUCCGUCUGCCGCGCGCGCAUGUUCUGCCGCCAUUCUCGGAGCUCUCUCGUGUAUGGGCACGUCAAAACCAGGCGGUGUACGCCGUGUCUUCUGGGGACGUGCAGCAAGGCUGCCAGCCGCUCGCCUCUGAUGCGAUCCCCUCUGCACAGUUUGCCAACGCUGGGCCGCCAGGAUUCCAGUAUUAUGCCACACCGGCCCCGGUCGCGUACGCGCCAUAUUACGAGGUGCGCGGGCGGCGUCUGUAAUUUGGCCCCUCCUGUUUGGACUUGUUACAUCACAUCGUGCUUAAUCGACGCAUCGCUCGCAUUUGCAUUUUCGCCCCCGUUCCCCGCCCCAUUGUAUUCAUUAGUAUCACCAGUAUCAAGGGUAUUGUGUUCUCUGUUAACCUGUCGCAUUUCAUCGGCUUUCUGUCGCGCAUUGUUAUACAUCAUCAUCACAGCGUCUCUUUGUUGCAUUCCACCGGCCAUUGAUACCCUGCAUUCGGACAAUUUGACGAUUCCCCAGUCGCAUAUUCAUAGAAGCAUUAGAUAUAAGUGUCAAGUAGUUUUACGUAUACGAGGAUGUUAGUAUUGCCACCCGCAGUCUAUUAUGGAUUCAUUGAAUCCGAUACGCUGCGCCGUCUUGGCCUGUAUAUGGAGGCGGCAAUUGGCAUUGCCUGGAGGCUGGCGAAA